GACGAAGCCUGGCUGCGCUUUGCCUUGUCUGCCCUUCCUUUGCCACGUACCUGGCAAGGAGCGUCUCGUCGGGCCUCCAACGAAGGGCGUGCGCUGUAUCUUUCCCCUGCGGUCUCCUAACCCUUCCCCUCUUUGUGUUCCGGUGGAUGUGUCGUUAGGGCGAUGCAAGAGGAUUGCCUGGUUUAGGGGGCAGAACCACCACGGCGGCCAAAGCAGGUGGACCGGCUGGCGACGAGGGCGAGGGUGUGGACCGGAUGAAAGGGAAGCCGAUCUAAACGUACACAAAUAAAAUACUGCCGCUGGCUCUCAAGUGGGAAUGGCCCAGCCAAUAGGUCAACGUUUGGGGGACUAUAAAAGUUGGCCCUGAGUAUUCCGGAGAGUCAACCUUGGUCAGCGCGCACCAAGAGAGCCAGUCACACACCGUGCCCUCCAGAAAAGAUGGGUCGCAAGUUGUUUGUGCUAGCCGUCCUUGUGGCCGUAGCCACUUUGACACAUGCCGAAGACAAGCCUGUUACUGAAGAGAAACCGGCAACCAAGCAGGAACCUACUACUGGAGAGAAGAAGGAGGAGGUGGACAGCCGCAUUGGUUUCGGCACUGGCUUUGGUCACGUAGCCGGUGCCAACGGCUACGGAUUCAACCGCGGCCUGUCUGGCUUCAACCAGGGUAGUGGAGGCUUCGGUAGCGCGAAUCGCUAUAACAACGUCCAAGGCUUCAGGAACCGCGACGGCUUCCGCACCAACCACGGGUUCGACCAGACCACCUACAACCGAUACGGCUCCGGCUAUGGAGGCUUCAACACUGGCUUUAACCGUGGUGCUGGCGGCUUCUACAAUCAACACGGAUUGCAGGGAGGUUACCUCGGCUGAAGAAAGAGGAGUGCCAUUCCAGCUACAACCGUAACUGCCAAAAAAGGUUCUUCUGGGAACCAAGCCUGACCAAAUUGUUCCAAGUCGACAACAGCUUCGCAGACCCCUCAACAAACGCAUGAUGCUGGCGUCAAACACAGUGCAGUGUAAUAAAAAAAGCUAAUUUAUUUUUUAAA